UAAGAAAUAGUUAUACAGUAAACCAAAGAAAAGUUCACAAACUCCGUUAAAAGCAAUGGCGGUUCAAAAAUAGGAGGGAAAAACAGUUUUGGCUUACAGUAUGCAAAAACCCACAGAAUUGCCUUUAAUUACAACAAUCUACCGAAGCAGACAAAGAGAAAAUCGAAACCAUGGCUGCCCUCUAGAAUAAUAAUAGAACUUCACAAGAAUAUAGAAUAAUAAACAGAGCCGGUUAUCUUUCGGCACAUACAUUUUGAUGCGUAUUGAUGGUUUGAACACUAUAUAACAAGUAGAACUUCUCUUCAACAAAACCAUUCUUCAUUCUAAAUUUAUACCAUACAUUCUGAUAACAUUAUAUAGGUAAUAAUGGCGCUCAGCGAAGCCACACGACAUUCAGAUGGUGUCAUUGAUUCUUUGUUUGCCUCCCUUUAUCUCCAGAAUUCUCUAACAAAGUUUGAGCUUCCUGAGAAAUUAACUCCUAAGGAGGUUGCAUAUCAGAUCAUCAGUGAUGAGCUUAUGCUUGAUAGCAAUCCAAGGCUUAAUUUGGCCUCUUUUGUCACAACUUGGAUGGAGCCUGAGUGCAAUAAGCUCAUAAUGGAAGCCAUCAAUAAGAACUAUGUUGAUAUGGAUGAGUACCCUGUCACUACUGAGCUUCAGAAUCGGUGUGUGAAUAUAAUAGCUCGAAUGUUCCAUGCACCUAUUUUUGAUAAAGAGCAAGCUAUUGGUGUUGGGACUGUGGGAUCUUCUGAGGCUAUAAUGCUUGCUGGCCUUGCAUUCAAGCGCAAGUGGCAGAACAAGAGAAAAGCUCAAGGGAAGCCUUAUGACAAACCCAAUAUUGUGGGUGGUGCCAAUGUCCAGGUCUGUUGGGAGAAGUUUGCUCGGUAUUUUGAGGUGGAACUAAAAGAGGUGAAGCUGAGAGAGGGAUAUUAUGUUAUGGACCCUCAAAAAGCUGUAGAAUUGGUAGAUGAAAACACCAUUUGUGUUGCUGCCAUUUUAGGGUCUACUUAUAAUGGCGAAUUUGAGGAUGUGAAACUGCUCAAUGACCUUUUCAUGGAAAAGAAUAAUAAAACAAAGAGGGACACUCCAAUACAUGUUGAUGCUGCAAGUGGUGGGUUCAUUGCACCAUUUCUGUACCCAAAUUUGGAGUGGGACUUUAGGCUGCCACUAGUGAGGAGCAUCAAUGUGAGUGGGCACAAAUAUGGACUUGUUUAUUGUGGAAUUGGAUGGGUUGUUUGGCGUGGCAAGCAAGACCUUCCAGAAGAACUCAUUUUCCAUAUCAAUUAUCUUGGAACUGAUCAACCAACUUUCACACUCAAUUUCUCUAAAGGUAGUGCAAGUCAAAUCAUUGCUCAGUACUACCAAUUUAUUCGCCUUGGCUUUGAGGGAUACAAGAGAAUCAUUGAAAGCUGCAGGGCAAACGCCAAAUACUUACGGGAUAGUCUUAUAAGGACAGGGGGCUUCAAUAUGUUAUCAAAAGAGGAGGGUGUACCUCUAGUUGCAUUCUGUCUCAAGGACAAGCUUGAGUACAAUGAACUUGAUAUUUCAGAACACCUGAGAAGAUUUAAGUGGAUGGUACCUGCCUAUAAUAUGGCUCCAAAUGCUCAGCACAUAAGCGUUCUGCACGUGGUUAUACGAGAGGAUUUCAGCAGAAGCUUGGCGGACAGGCUCGUCCAAGACAUUUGCACAGUUUUGAAUGAAUUGGACUCGCUGCCAUUCAAACCAGAGAAGGAGGCGGCGGCCAAUGUUGUUGCUGCUGCAGCAAAUGGAAAUGGCCACAAGGUUUUAAUCAAGAGGAAGGUCAAGGAUCUAAAUUCCCACCACAAAACCAAAGCAAUUUGUUAAAUACCAUUCUCACUGCUUAUAGAUUAGUAGUUUCUAACGAGGAAUGCCGACAGAUAUAAACUCCAUUAACGAACAUGGAUGCAAUUCAUUUAAAUGAAUUUUGGUUCCAA